AUGCAUGAGGUGGGAUCUCCGCGCCAACCAUCUGCCAACGCAGCCAGCCACCAAAGCUCCAUGGUUCGGUUUGCUGCUGUUGCCAACCCCAAGAUCAUCGUGGUCGCUGGCAACGGGAUGGCCGAUCGAUGGCUGGCUGAUGUUCAUGGGCCAGAUAUCUGCAGGCUUGCAGCAGGUAGAACUCAUGCUGCUCGAUCGGUGAUGUUGGCAUCCAAUGGCGGGCAUGGGUUUAUGCACCCCCGAACCGUUCGGGAUCUAGCAGGGAUGGCGUGUCUUCGCAACGUAGUCCAUUGUCAGCUUCACAGAGUCCAGGCUCCAGUUCGACUUCUGUGUGAUGGCCUUUGCAUUGUGCGUAUUCAGCUAUGCCACCUUGGGCGUGGCCUUUCCCCCAAAAACCGGCUACCAACGGUACAGGCCUAUUUGAUUGAUCUUCGACUGAAAGCGCUGUUGGCUGAGUACACUGUCACAAACUCAUCAGCGAACACCAUGGUUUACAAAUUCUAUCCCAUCACUGGAAUAGCAGGUGGAAAGGGGCCUAAUGGCGAGGUUCCCCUUCGACAGGACAUCGAGGUGUGGAGUUUGCAGCCUGAGAACCGGAUGCAGGUGGUUCUAUUCCUCAAGGCAUUGAAGCGGUUGCAAGACGUCCCCCCGGAGAACCGCGAUUCAUUCUUCCAGAUCGCCGGUAUCCAUGGCAUGCCCUUCACUUCGUGGGACGAGCCAUUCGAGACCGAAGAGAAUAUCGGUGUCAAGGGGUACUGUACCCAUGCCAACUGCCUCUUCCCAUCAUGGCAUCGGCCUUAUUUGCUUCUAUACGAGGCGGGUAGUCCAUUUCUCGCGAUUAUGCCUGCUUUCCCACACUGA